GGAUAGAGCGCUCAGACACACCUACUUUUUUUAAUAUCAUACCUUACUGCACCUUGUUUCACUGAUGUAUUUAGUAAGAACGCCGUAAUAAAUGUUUUAUUGAUCCCUAAUACAUAAAAUAUUUAAUUAAAGUACGUUAAGAAUCAGGGAAGUGUGUAGGUGUGGAGGCGAAGUCAGUGUUGGAAGCUGGAUAUACGCACGUAUACUAGCAUUAACAAAGUUGGUGUUUGAUGAGCGUAAUACAAAUCUAAAUCCAUAAAUGACUCAUGAAGAGUUAAUAAUGAUAACUAAUCCUGCUUGACAGAGUCUCCCAUAACUAUCUAGAACUUUCUGGAAAAAAAAAAUAUUAAAUUAGUCUCAUAAACAGUUAUGUACCUUAGAAAACAUAUAUAACCUUAUAUUCCCUUAUAUACCAGUACACCCACGCUAAAAACAAUUUGCAAAGCUAUAAAUGCUAACAAAGAACGACUAUAACAGUGAAAUAAUUAAGCCGAAGUCAAGGCCAGAGAUGAGAGAGAGGAAUAGAGGAGACCAGACUGAAGGCAGAUCACAGAUUUCAACUGACGGCGCACGUGAGUAACGUAUCAUCGCCUUUCUCGGGGCAUCACAGCCUUUCUCAGCCUCUACUCUCCUGCAGGCACGUCGCUCCAGGCAGCAGCAGCAGCAGCAGCAGCAGCAGCAGCCAUGGUGUCUUUCCUCAUAGUGGGAUGAGCAGCUCCCCAGGUGAGGGCGGCACCAACCCAGCCCGGCAGCAGGAGGGCCUUGGUGCUUCCCAUGGUUCACCCGAGCCAGGUGAGACUGAUCCACCGUGGCCCCUUUUGGCGGGAGCCAUUCUCCCAGAUGGAGUAGUUCAUGAGGGACAUGGAGAGGAAGUUCAAGAGAGACAUUGAGGAUAUCCUAGGAACCUUUGCCAAGAAUGUGGGGUUCCUUGACAUUGACAUCUGUGGGCCGUCUCAGCCGCGGGUGUUGGGGACAGCAGAGGAGAAGGUCCACUCUUCAGGUGUUGGCUGGUCCCCUGUGUAUGUGUCUGACAAUCUGGCUGUCAUGUCCGUUGGGUUCCUGCUCAACAGUGCAGACGACGCUGUCAUCUGGAAGGGACCCAAGAAAGAUGGAAGUGGCUCUGCUGGAUGUGAGGAAGGAAAUCACAUUCUACAGGAAAGUGAACAUUCCCAUCAUUGGCCUGGUGGAGAACAUGACCACCUUUGUGUGCCCCAAGUGUAAGACCAAGACGGCCAUCUUCCCUGCCACUACUGGGAUGUGACCCCCAGCUGGCAGAGGAUACUGAGAUGCCACUGCUUGGCCAGCUGCCGCUAGACCCCUGGGUGGCCCAGGCGUGUGAUGAAGGCACCAACAUUCCGACACGAGCCAGAUGCUGCU